AUGAUGCCGUAUUGGGGCCUUGGCGAGACUUCAGUUGGCACUCAACCAUUCUGGUUGAACAGUCAACAAAUCCCUGAAGUGUCCAGAAAAUUUGCAACUUUGAUGAUUGCAGCAUGUGGAGAAGUGAAUCAGUUGGGAGGUGUGUUUGUCAAUGGUCGGCCUUUACCAAUUGCUUUAAGAGUGAAAAUAAUUGAGCUGGCACAUCAAGGAGUACGACCGUGCGACAUUUCAAGGCAAUUACGUAUAUCGCACGGAUGUGUCAGCAAGAUACUGACCAGAUAUUCAGAGUCUGGGAGCAUUAUGCCAGGAGCUAUUGGUGGUAGUAAGCCGCGGGUAACUACUCCAAAGGUGGUUGAAUAUAUACGGCUGCUGAAAUCUAAAGAACCUGGAAUGUUUGCUUGGGAGAUCAGAGACCGGUUAAUUAAGGAUAAUGUUUGCGAUAAUUACAAUGUUCCUUCAGUGAGCUCCAUAUCAAGGAUUCUGAGAAGCAAAAUGAGUCACAUAACUUGUUCGGCAUUUGGCAGUUUGAAAGAAGAAAUAGUCUUAGUAAAAACAAAAAGUUCUAAGCACAUCCUAGCCACAACCUGCUCUAAUAAAAGGAAGUUUUAG